GACCGCCCCACCGAAACGGCAGCAGGGUUGUAUUUACUGUAAAUAAUCGAUGUGGAAGAUCUACUUUCUUAACGAAACUCAAUGUUGACUUUAUGAAUCAUCUCUACUAAUAUAUUCAUCCCACCAUGAGUACAGUUGGAGAAAAUCAGCUGCAGAGAAUAAUCAGAGAUCUGCAUGAUGCUGUUUCUGAGUUGAGCAAAGAACAUUGUGAAACAGGAGAACCCAUCACAGAUGAUAGCUCCAGCCUUCAUAAGUUCUGCUACAAACUGGAGUACCUACUGCAAUUUGACCAGAAAGAGAAGACCACAUUUCUGGGCAGCAGGAAAGACUACUGGGAUUAUUUCUGUGACUGCUUGGCCAAGAUUAAAGGAGCUAAUGACGGGAUUCGCUUUGUCAAAUCAAUCCCUGAGCUGAAGACGUCACUAGGGAAAGGACGAGCAUUCAUUCGCUACUCUCUGGUGCACCAAAGACUGGCAGACACUCUUCAGCAAUGUCUUAUGAACUCCAAGAUCACAUGUGAGUGGUAUUAUGAACGCAGUCCCUUCCUGAAGUCUCAUCAGAACAUUGAUAUCAUCAACCACCUGUAUGAACUCAGUGAGGUCCAGUUUGAUGUAGCAUCCAGAGGUCAUGACCUUGACUCUGACUGGCCCGCUUUUGCCAGAAAGACUCUGGGAUCAGCUGUCUCACCCGCUCAUGUGUGGAAACCACCCAGUCGCUGCUCUAGUGUCAACAGUUUGGUCAGCAAUUACUUACAGCAGCCAAAUCAGGAGUUUUGUCCAGGCCAGGAUCUCGGCUCUAGUCUCCUAGGAGAUCUGGGGGAGUUGGGGGAGCUCUCCUGUAGUACCUCUGAAGACCUGCGCAUUGAGCUGGACCAAUCAGAACUGAGACAACAGAAGCUUCAAGAGAAGAUUCAGCUGCUCAACAAUGAAGCAGAUGAUUUGAGGGCCAUGGUCAAGGAUCUACAAGACCAGUUAUUGGCUGCUAAAAGUCUUCAUCGAGAGAAACAAGGUGACCAGUCCGCAGAUUCACCUGGGGCUGGACAGGAGGUGGUAAAGGCCGUCAGAGAGUGCACCGAUCAUCUCCAUACCACCACACAGGAACUGGGAGCCCUACGAGUUCUUGAGGCAUCAGAACGCAAAUUAGAAGCCAAGCUGAGCAUUGCGGAGAACAGGAACAUGGAACUUAUUUCGAAGCUUGACGGAGCUUUAAGUGAAAAAGGACAGCAGGCAGCCUGCUACUUUGAUUCAGCCUGGAAGAUCCAAGAACUCCUAAACAAGCUAAAGGAGGCUGAAGAGGAGAAAAGUGAGUCCAAACGAGAGAGCGAAGACCGAGCCAGACUGGCUGAGAGACUUGCUCAGGAGCUGAAGCUACAGGAAGAAAAACUAAAAGAGACUGAAGGCAAACUGGAUACAUUUAAAACCUCAGCUGAUGCAGAACAAACUGAUGCAAUGCAACAGGCUGAUGAGCUGCGAAAGACCAUCAACCGUCUUCAGGGGGCGCUGUCUCUGAAGGAGCGAGAAACCGGAAACCUCCGAACCCAGCUCCAGGACUUUCAAAGCGCACAGGAGGCCCAAGAGUGUGAAUUGGAUGAGCUGAAGAGGAAAGCACAAGAGGAGAUGCAACAGAAAGGUGCACUUGAAGAACGACUCAAGGCGAAGGAGACAGAGUUGUCUAGCAGUACACAGAAGAUCCGGCAACUGGAGAGUUACAACCAGCGGUUGACUGUGGAGAGUCAGGGUUUGCAAGCACAAGCCAAGAAACUGGAAGAGUACAAGAACCAGUGCACAAGUUUAAUGGAGAUCAAUACCAAGCUGAUCCAGACUGUGAAAAGGAAUGAGGAGAGCAGCAAGGAGCUGGCACAAAUCAAGAUGGCUCUAGAGAAUGAGCUGGUUGCCGCACAGGCCUCUGAGAGGCAGCUGAGAAACAGGCUGGAGUCAGCUGGACUUGCAGUCGAAAACCUGCAACUCAAGGAGUGCCUACCGAAUGGCCAGUUGAAGAAUGAGGAAAUGGAAGUGGUGUUUACAAAUUUGGAAACUGAAAAUGGCCAACUCAGAAGGAAAGAGGACAUUAUAUCAAAGCUGGAAGAGCUAGAUGAGAGUGCUGCCAUGCCUGAGGAGGAUAAGAGGAAGUCUUGUAGGCAUCUCCAGGAGGCAUCCAGUGAAUCCUUAAGAUCAAAUAAUGGAGCCACCACUUCCAGGUUGGCUCUGGCUGAGGCUCAGUUGGAGCUCAACAUGAAGGAGGUCUCUAGACUUCAGGAAGAUGUUGUGGAGCUCCGAGCACAGCUCUUGGUGAGCUCCGAGGAGAGGAUGAAGAUCCAGGCUCUGCAAGAGGUGACAGAAGCCUCCAGAGAAGACCUCCGGGCUCAGACAGAGCAACUUAAGGGACAGGUGGAAGAACUAAACCGCAGACACGUGGUGGAACUGCUUCAUUGCAGAGAACGAGAAGAUGCCUUGGUCAAGGAGAGGGAUAUGGAGGCUCAGGCCAGAAUGGAACACCAAAAGGAGGUGAACGCCAUGAGAGAAGAGUUUCACUUGUUGAAGAAACAGAACAACGCGUUGGUGAUUGAGAAUGGAGAGGCCCGUGAGGCCUUGGACAGGGCCAACACAGAGACAGCUGAACUUGGGGUGCAAGUUUGCAUGUUAACGGGGAAGAAUGCUGAAGCUCAGCUGCGAUGGGAGGAUCUCUCGACCAAGCUGCAGGAGCAAAAGGUGGAGGCACGGGAGGAGGUGCAAAUUCUGAGCAGUUCAAUGGAAGUCAUGAGGAAAGAAAACGCAAGACUACUAGAACAACUAAAGCAUACUGAGGGACUCCCAGAAGCCACACAGAAGUUACAGGAGAGGCUAGAACAGGCUGAAGAAGAAGCCAGGAGCCUCCAGGAGAUCCGGCAGAGAGAGGUGGACACUCUGAGAUCCCAGCUGUACGAUGAAACUGCUCACCACCAGAGCCAAGUGCAGGUUUUGAACGAGGAACUGGAUGGAUUGAGAAAGAGGUUGGACAUCGAACUUGAGAAAAUUACAAGACUUGAGUCCAGAGUUUCUGAGCUGGAGUCUGUCAACAGCGACUACAGUCAGAUGAUCGAAAAGAAAAACUCCUUUAUUGGUAAUUCUGAAACCGUAAUUUAUCAGAAAGAGGAACAGAUAAAAAGCCUCACAGUGGACUUAUCGAGAGCUGAGGAGGAGUUGGCUCUUGCUCAGAAGACCUGUCAAGAUCUGAAGGUGAACUUAAGCAGAAGUACAGAGGAGAAGCAAGAUUGUGAGCUGAGGAUGUCUGCAGAGAUAGAUGACCUUUUCCGCACCAAGAGGAACUUAGAGGAGAGGCUUAUUGAGCUCAUAAGGGAGAAAGAUGCUUUGUGGCAGAAGUCGGAUGCGCUGGAGUUUGAGCAGAAACUGAGAGCUGAAGAACAGACUGACAGAGAUGUCACAUACUGCCUGAGCUGCCGCAGCCAAUUCAGCUGGAUGCUGCGCAGAUAUAACUGCAGGUUAUGUGGUCGACCCUUCUGUUACUACUGCUGCAGUUAUGUUGUUAAUGGCCAGCAGGGCGGUGGAAAGGAGCGUUGCUGUAAAGACUGUUACACUCGCUCACCAGAGCGUCACAAAAAGGCGGGUCUAAGUAGUCCUACACAUCCACCCUAUAGCCCACUAUCAAGCCCCACCCAAACCAGCACGCCUACUCUCACAGGGGUGCUGAAGUCCUCUCGGCCAGAUGAUACAGCGUUUGACAUCAUUUCAGAGGAGGAAGUGAGCUGUGUCCAUGACAGCAACUCACUGUCCUACACCACUGCACUCUCUCCAGAGACACAACACCUUAGCAGCAGUGACAUCACCACCACAGAAGAUUCAGACGAGCUGAUUGGCUCUGUUCAGGAUGCCGAGAUCUGUCUGUUGAAAUCUGGAGAGAUGACGCACUCGGUGGCAUUCCGUGUGGAGGACGUGCUUCAGAUUGGUGAUGAGUCCAGAGAACUCUUUAUUAAGUCUAGCUGUUACAGUGCCAUUAUCAUAACUGCUGCUCAUCCUGGUCAAAUCAUCGGCUGGAUCUUCUCCUCUGAACCCAAGAGUAUUUCCUUCAGUGUGGUGUACAGAGAGAAGAGAGAUACACCGCUAGAACAGGCCAAGGUUCUGAUCGCUCUGACAAGAUGUAACUCUCACAAGGAGACGAUUCAGGGUCAGCUUAAGGUCAGGAACCCUGGAGAAUACACGCUCAUCUUUGACAACUCCUUCUCCAGGUUUGUCUCUAAGAAAGUCCUGUACAAACUGAGUAUAGAGAAGCCAGAAGACUGCAAUUGAAGUGAUUCUCUAUAAAUAGGAAAGCAAAGGUCACACACACACACACACAUCUAUAUGUGCCUGAUCAUGAGACUGCUUGUCGAGGAUUCUGAAGAUUCAUAAUGAAAUGUCAACUGGAUUUGAGUGGUCUUUUAUGGUAAAAUUUUACAAAAACAUUUUAAAGAAUAUUUUCGGCUCAUUAAAUAUUACUGUAUUGCAGUAGCAAGAAUCACAAUUGAGAAUAACUACUGUACAAAAAACUCAGAAUGCAUUACAUUUAUAAGAACUUUGAGGAAAUAUGUGUAAAUAUCAUAGAACUAGUGUCAAAAUGCAAAAUAAUUCCUAACGAUCCUUAAAACAUGCUUCAUGUCUCUUUAUAAAAUGUUUUACAAAAUAAUUUAAUUAUUAUAAGGUAUUUAUCAAAUCAAAAUGUAUUUCUUUUAUUUUUGGGGUGAAAACUGACCGGAAAUGUUUUCGUGAGAUUCACAGGCUAUAAAAGCCACAAUCCUUUUAUGAAUGAUUCUAACAUACUUUUGCUAUAUUACUGACACAUAGGAUUAAUAUAUAAUGUACUGCCAUAAAUGAAAAUGGCAAACUCUAAUAGCUGGAAUGGCACAAUAUCUCUGAAGUACUUAACACUGGAACUGGAUGGGAGGAACAGGGAAAGACAAUUAAGUGAACUUUAGAGGUCAGUAGUAAAAUAGAUGUACUUUAGCUACAUGAAGGCAGAUUAUGCACUACAGAAAAGCUUUAUUACUGUAUUUGUAAUGAAAUGAGUGAGUGUUGAGUAGAUAUAGCUAUAGAAACAUACUGAUAUGACAUCAGCUCUCUUACAUAAAGGGACAUCAGUCUUUUACUUUAACAUUCUUUUAUGCCAUCUGUCAAAUAUCAAAUAUGCACACAAAAGGGGAUGCAGGAAUGGGAAUUUAUGCAAAAUGUUUGGACAAAGUCUUUCUAUUUAAUUAAAUUAUAAACAGUUUCAAAACUACUGCAUGAAUGUACUCUUUAUGAAACAAAACUAUUUUUCUUAUGAGAAAUUAAAUAAUCUGUGUAUUGCAAUGCUCAGUUUUUGAAGGGUUCCAGUGCUACCCAAAAGCCAUGAUUUGUAUGCAGAUCUAAAAUCUGUAUUCUGAAAGGAUAAGCACACUGUAAUAAAAGGAAACCCCAUUUUCUGCCUUAUUUAUGUUCAACCAAAAAAAUAAAAAAAAUAAAUACAUUUCAUUGAGCUAAUGCCAUACAAAAAUGUAUAAGCAAUAACUCCGCUUACUGUGUUUUUGCAUAAAUAAGACUUCUGGGCGGUCACUAUAUGUGCAAUAACCCUGAGAACUCCAGCCUUGCUGUGAAUAUUGUAAAUUAAACUUUUGUAAUGGCUAAAUCUGACAAAUAAGCAUUGAUCCUAUACUUUUGCACUUUCUAACUGUGUUCUAGAGGCUGAUACGGUACUGAUUUGAUGAGUGUUAUUACUGUAUGAAGCUUUAUUACAACAGUGAUGUUACAGUACAUUGAGGCUGGUUUGCGAUGGAGCUGUUGGAUUAAAACUACCUGGUGGCAUGAUAUCUGGUGUCUCUUGAUUCCACUCUGUAUCCAUACAUGUAUUUCAUGUUUUUAGAAUUAAUGUAUUUUAUAAAUGGUGUUCCGAAUCUCAAUUCUGAUUGGAUGUGCCACGUUGAAGACGUUGCCGAUAAUAAAUACCCGACAUACGCACACUUGUGAGUGCACA